CAUCUCAAAAUAUGUAACAAAAUUAAGUUUCCGUUUUUCAUUAUGGAGCUAACGUAGUAGCACUUGAAUGUUACCACUUGUUUUGACCUUUAUUUGAAAGGUGACUUGUGGCCUGCGUGUCAUGAAUGUUCUGAAAAUGAGAGCGGAGGUAAAGGUGUCUCUAGGAUUCAGAUCUGAUAAGUCCACUUGUAAUCAGCUUUUUCUGCCUUGGGAAGCAAUGCCACUUUGUCAUGAGCAUCGCUCAUCGCUAGUGGUUUCUGGGCAGCGGGUGCACCUCCUUACUACAGAGAAGCCUUUGGAACUGUGAUGUUUAAUUACAGCUGCUGGGUUUGCACGUGGGAAGCUGACGUGCUGUGGUGUAAGCCAGCUGUCUUCGGUGAGUGGAGGGAAUUGCAGAAGGUCUCACGCCCUUUAGGGCCCUUGGCUCGGGGUUUCUGGGACAGGCUCUGGAGCUCCGCCUGCGGGGGCCGGGCUUGGCGGCUGGACGGCGCGUGCGCCGUGCCUGCGGACGGAGGAGGGCUGGCCUCUGCCCGGCUGUAGUCAGGUUCCCUCCACGCUUCCCCACCCCGUCGCAGCCUGGUUUUUGUACGCUUUCUUCCUGACAGCGGCUGUGCCACCUCAUGGAGCCACGGCUCAAGGUGGUGUCCGCCCUUGCUUUUGCGCCUGCGCGGAAGCGCCCAGUCUCACCUGCCUAGGUGAGCUGGUUCGUCUGAGAGGGAAAUGGGGUUUCACACUACCCUGCUAACCGGACAGAUGACAUUCGUGUCAUGUGUAGCUUGUUGCUUUCUUCAGCCUCUUCAAUAAUGCUCAGACAUGAGGCUGGGUAAAGGUUGGAAAGCUGUUAGCCCACCUGCGGACCGUGGGUUCAUGUACUCGAAAAUGUGGAGGUGCCUCUGAAGGGCAGCUCCCCGAGGAAAUUCCCAGUUUUGCUGCCCUCUCCAGGUACACUAAGAUGAAGACGGCCACCAACAUCUACAUCUUCAACCUGGCCUUGGCUGAUGCGCUGGCCACCAGCACGCUGCCUUUCCAGAGUGCCAAGUACCUGAUGAAGACGUGGCCCUUCGGCGAGCUGCUCUGCAAGGCUGUGCUCUCCAUCGACUACUACAAUAUGUUCACCAGCAUCUUCACGCUCACCAUGAUGAGUGUCGACCGCUACAUCGCUGUCUGCCACCCUGUCAAGGCCCUGGACUUCCGCACGCCUGCCAAGGCCAAGCUGAUCAACAUCUGUAUCUGGGUCCUGGCCUCAGGCAUUGGCGUGCCCAUAAUGGUCAUGGCUGUGACCCGUCCCCGGGAUGGGGCGGUGGUGUGCAUGCUCCAGUUCCCCAGCCCCAGCUGGUACUGGGACACGGUGACCAAGAUCUGCGUGUUCCUCUUCGCCUUCGUGGUGCCCAUCCUCAUCAUCACCGUGUGCUACGGCCUCAUGCUGCUGCGCCUGCGCAGUGUGCGCCUGCUGUCGGGCUCCAAGGAGAAGGACCGCAGCCUACGGCGCAUCACGCGGAUGGUGCUGGUGGUGGUGGGCGCCUUCGUGGUGUGUUGGGCGCCCAUCCACAUAUUCGUCAUCGUCUGGACGCUGGUGGAUAUCGACCGGCGCGACCCGCUGGUGGUGGCCGCGCUGCACCUGUGCAUCGCUCUGGGCUACGCCAAUAGCAGUCUCAACCCCGUGCUCUACGCCUUCCUUGACGAGAACUUCAAGCGCUGCUUCCGCCAGCUCUGCCGCAAGCCCUGUGGCCGCCCGGACCCCAGCAGCUUCAGCCGCGCCCGCGAAGCCACGGCCCGCGAGCGGGUCACUGCCUGCACCCCGUCCGACGGUCCCGGCGGUGGCGCCGCCGCCUGACCAGGCGGUCCGGCCCCCAGCACGCUCCUCCCUAGUGACCCUGCGGCCACAUGAGUCCCAGUGGGAGGCGCGAGCCAUGAUGUGGAAUGGGGCAGUAGAAGGUCGGAGGCUUGGGAUCGCCAGAUGGGGCCUCUGUUUUGGAGACGAGGCCGGGCCGCGAGAUGGGCAUGGGGUGGGCCUCUGGUUUGGGGCGAGGCAGAGGGCAGAUCAAUAGCACGGGGCCUCUGGGCUGGGUGCCCCGUCCACGGCUCUAGGUGGGGCGGGAAAGCCAGUGACUCCAGGGGAGGAGCUGGACCUGUGGCUCUGGAACUGAGUCCCUAAACAGGGGAUCUCCAGGGAGGCGGGGCUUCAUCCUUGAGACAGCCUCGGUUUCUAGCCUGGAGCCGGACUGUUGGAGUUGGGCGUCCGGACCCAGGACCCAGGAGGGGCAGUGGUGGGGACAGUUGCUUGAAAACUGAGCUGCAAGACUGGGUCUCUCUGUAGUAGGGAGGAGCCUCCUGUGAGGGGAGACCCAGAGACAGGACAGCCGGGUGUGGCCACAGCUCAAGAUUUGGUCACUGGAGAGGGGGCCUGUGCAAAGGACCUGUGGCCUCAAUUUCGGAUACAGUCCCACCGAGUUCUAGCAAGGGGCAAGGCUCGCUGAGGUCCAGGUCCAACUUGACACCUCUAUAAAUAGAAUAUAAAAGACUGAGGGGCCAGGCGUGGUGGCUCAAGCCUGUAAUCCCAGCACUUUGGGAGGCUGAGGCGGGUGGAUGAGCAUGAG